GCGGCGAGCCUCGGGCAGGGCCGCGUCACGUCGCCGCACCGCGACCCACAAUUUCGAGUGUGGAAGCAGCGUGAGUGAGUUAGUGAGUGAGUGAGUGAGUUCCAGUGAAACCCCCAGUGCCGGAGGGCCGCGGCCCGCAGUGAAGCCCCGGGGAGUUCCCUCCCGCCCAAGUUCCGCCGUCGCGGGGAAGUGCUCGCGCGAGAAAAUCGAGAGUCAAGUGAAGCAGAGUGUGGUUAGGCGGGCCCAACAGCCAGCCAGCGCGCUAGCGCCGCGCUCCGCCCGUCGUCCUGCGUGCGCCGCGCUGCGCGCCGUGCUCUGCGCGCACAGCCCCGUCCUGGGGCGUUCGGUAUAGCGCGUCCGCGCGUCGCCGUAGUCUAGUGAAGUGCGUUCCACCAAGGGAUACAGCCCAGCCCAGCUUGCCCAGCCCAUAGACGGCUGAUGUCGGGCCGCGAGGACAUGCCGGCCUGAACCAUGGGGGCCAAGGGCGCGUCCAGCCCCGCGCGGGGGCAGCAGCAGGCCGCCCCCAAGAAGAAGCCUCCGCGGAGCCCGUCGCCCGCGGCCACGUCGCCGUCGAGGUCCGCCAAGGCCAGCAGCCACAGGGCCAAGAAGGCUCCGACCGUGGUCGCCAAGAAACCGUCCCCGGGAGCCGUGGCCGCCCUCAAGAAGCCGUCCAAGUCUUCCAAGACGACGGCCACCCGGGCAGGCGCGGCCCAGGCGUCCAAGGCCGCCAAGCAGGGCGCCGCCAAGAGGAAGGAGUCCAAGUCCAAGUCUUCCAGGAAGGCGGCCCCGCCUAGUCGCGACGCCAAGUCCUCGGCGAGCCCCACCCGCCCCGCCCCGGCGAGCGCGGCCGCCGAGAGUGUGGAGAGAGACCAAAAAGCUAGCACCAAAAAGGGGGCCGGCUCGGCCACGUCCAAGCCCCCCGCCCCGAAGAAGCGAGCGCCCACCUCGGCCUCGGCCUCGGCCUCCAAGAAGGCCACCUCUAAGUCACUGCCAGAAGAGACCUCGACUGACCUCGAGUCCUCGGACUCAAAGCCAAACUCGCCGCGCCCGGCCGCGAAAAAGAACCAAACGAAAUCACUGCCUGAUAAGGCCGCCCCGCCCGAGGCGGACAAGACAGACAAGGAGGCCAAAACGAAAAGUGUCGCAAAGAAAGGCGCUGACAGUAAAAGCGCGCCCAAGAAGCCCGCCAGGGCCGAGCCCGCCAAGAGGCCCUCGCACAAGAAGGGGGCGUCGAGCCAGGCGGCCGCCAAGAAGCCCUCGUCCGCCAAGAAGGACACCAAGAAGGCCGCCGCCAAGCCGACGCCCACCGCCGCCAAGAAGGCCCGGAGCAGGGAUGGCAGCAGCAAGGCCAAGCGGAAGGCCAAGCCGGCCGAGGCGGCGGCCAAGGCGGUGCCCUCCAAGGCCGCCGACAAGGCCGCCGACAAGGAGGCCCUAGCGGCCGGCAGCUCGGAGGAGGACGCCGAGAGGAAGAAGCUGGUCGCCAAGCGCAAGCUCCCCAAGUCGCCCGCGCAGUCGCCGCCACGCGAGUCGGAGGACGGCCUGGUGCGCUCCUCGGCGCGGCACUACGUUGACCUGCUGCACGCCCCGAGUACGUCCUCCACGCUGCAGCUCGCCGCCGACGCCAACAAGGAGCGUGCCGUGGUGCUGCACAACCCAAGCUCCAAGGUGCACCACGCCGUCACCAUCAAGAAGGCCCGUUGGAACGACGCGCACGUGACCAAGGCCGCGGUGUCCGAGGGCGAGCGCCGGCGCCAGGAGAUGGCCGCGCGCAGCCUGGCCAAGGCCGCACCCACCAUCCAGGCCGCCAAGGAGAAGCUGGCGCAGUGGAAGGCCAUGGUGGAGCGCGAGGCGGCCACCACCACCACCAUCACCACCACCACGACCACCAUGACGUCCAGCGCCACCGCGCCGCGCGGCGACGACGACGACGACGACGUGCCGCUCAAGUGCCUGCGCGCCGACGGGCUGGCCGAGGAGGUCCGGGCCGCGGACUCGGCCGGGAUGCUCAGCUCCUUCAAGAUCGACGCGCACUCCUCGCUCAUGUCCCGCAUGGGCGGCAACAUGUCCUCCGUGCCGCACAAGAAGCGGCCGUACGCCGCCAAGCAGAUCGCCACCACCACCACCACGACCACCACGACCAAGGUGAUUCGCAAGGCGGCCGUGGACGAGCGCGUGCGGCCCGCCAGGGACGUCUACGAGUUCGGGCUGUCCAGCAGCGACCACGGCAUGUCCGACGCCGGCGAGACGCUCAACCGGAUGAUGUCCAGGAAGAAGAAGAAGAAGAAGUCGGAGCACAGUGACUCGGACAAGGAGCUCUCGGACGCCAAGAAGUCACCGCUGGGCAGCGGCAGCGAGUCGGACAAGCAGCGCGCGCGUCUGCUUGGCUUCUGGAACGGGCCCAAGCGGCACCGGCUCGCCUCCCUGAACGCGCAGGCCAAGGUGCGCGUCAUGUACUCGGACGAGAACGUGUCCCUCGUGUCCAAGGCCAAGCGGCUGCCCGUGCGCGCCGGCCGCUCCGCCGAGCCGGACAAGAGCAAGGAGAAGCAGCAGGCGGCCCAGAAGCGCCGCGAGAACGUCCGCGACAAGAGGAAGGCCGCCGUGAAGCAGGACAGCUCCGACGAGGACAACGCGCGCGACGAGUCGGACAGCGAGCCGCCGUCGCCGCCGUCCACGCGCGUUUUGCGCACGGGCCACGGCAUCCGCGGGGUGGGCAGGAACUGGGACGUCAACAACCUGUCCUCGUCGUCGUCCUCACCGGCGCCGUCCUCGUCCUCGUCGUCCUCCUCGUCCUCGGACGUCGACAGCGACUCGGACGCGGCGGGCACCUCCAAGAAGAAGAAGAAGCAGUCCAGCAAGCGGCACAAGCUCGCGAAGAAGAGGUCGGCGUCGAAGCCGCCGCAGCCGCUCGCACUGAAGGACAUGGUGGUGACCAAGCGCAUGGCCAGCUUGAACGCGGCGGCGAUCAUGGCCGCGAGCUACAGCGUGGAGAAACGCACCACCACGACCACCACGCGCGACGCCACCACCAUGGAGGAGAAGAACGUGACCACGACGGUGGUGGCGGCCCAACUGCCGCCGGAAGUGCGCCCCGCUACCCCCUCGCCGCCCAGCGCCGCCGUCGCCGAGGACGUGGACAAGACAAAGCAGGUGGAGGAGCUGAUUGACCUGAUCGCCACGCCCGACGGCCGGCACCACAUCAUCCUGAACCGCGACGACGUGACCAUCACGGGCGUGUACGUGCGCAACUCGACGCACUCGCUCACGCACUCCGCCACGCGCGCCGAGGGCUUCUGCUCCAUCGCCGGCCUGGAGUACCGCAUCAGCUCCACCAGCCACACCAGCACCGAGGCCACGGCCGUCACCACCGAGGUCAUCAACGUGGCGUCCACGCCCAGCAACGAGGUUCAGCGCGCGCUGGGGCCCCCCGCCAACGCGGCGCCCGGCUCCUACACGCCCUUGGUGGCACUGUCCAGCAUGCGGCCCCCGGACGGCGGCGCCGCCGGCCACCAGGGCUACAUGCUGCACCACAGCCACCACGGCUACCACGGGCCGCCGCCGCCGCACGGGCCCCCUCACGCCGGCGCCCACGACAGCGCCUUCGCCGCCCCCAUGCCGCCGCCGCCACAGCCGCCGCCGCAGCACUACCAGGAGGGCUGCCCGCCGCCCUACCCGCCCUACCCGCCGGACAGGCCGCCGCCGUACCAACACCACCAGGACGCGCUGGCCCCCGGAGGGCCUGGAGCACCCGCCCCAGGGUACCACCAAGAUCUAAAAACAGUUCCCCAGUACAGGAUAACUCAAAUUUUAUCUCUAGCCGUGUCCGAGAUUAUGGCCGCCCAAUUCCCCAAUAAAUAUGAAGUUGGCACGCCCGGGCGACGCCUUCUUGUCCUUGCAGUGGCGCGGCGUCCACCAAGCGACCGGGGGAGGGGGUACUUCUUUGGGGAAGGUUUGUUGAAGUUUGCCAAGCGGUGCACCCAGCGCGUCUGA